GGGAACGGUGUCAACGUAACACCGUCCCGACCCGCUUCUUUCCUUCCUUCCUUCCUUCCUUCCCUCCUUCCGCCUGCGCUGGUACAUCAUGGCAUCUGGACUGGUGCGGCUGCUUGUCCGGGGGCCCCGCGGCCUCCUGCGGGCGUCAGCCGCUCCGGAGCCCGUCCAGUCGAGCCGGGGCAUCAAGGGCGGGAUCCGCGCCGCGCUCCGCUUCCAGAAGGAGGUGGAGCGGCUGCGGCAGCUCAGGUGUCCUCCGCCUCCCGUGCGCCGUUCAGAGAAGCCCAACUGGGACUAUCAUGCAGAAAUCCAGGCAUUUUGUCACCGACUACAUGAAGACUUUUCUUUAGAGCUUCUCAAAACUGCCUUUGUUAACAGAUGUUACAUUGAAAGUGAGGAAGCCAGACGACAGAAACUGGGAGUAGGCAAAGAAGUUGUGGCUCUCAACCUUAAAGAUAAUCGGGAACUUUCAGAACAAGGGAGAACUUUUUCACAGACAUGUCUCACACAGCUCCUUGGAGAUGCAUACCCAAGCCUGCCCUCAGAAGGUGUACAAGCAAUUGUGGAUUUUCUUACCAGUGAGGACAUUGUGUGUCACGUAGCCAGAAACUUGGCUGUGGAGCAAUUAACACUAAGUGCAGAAUUUCCAGUCCCCCAGGUAGUCCUCCAGCAGACUUUCUUUGCAGUAAUAGGUGCGUUGUUGCAAAGCAGUGGGCCACUGAAGACAUCAGUUUUCAUCAGGGACUUCUUAAUUACACAGAUGACUGGAAAAGAACUUUUUGAAAUGUGGAAGGUUGUAAAUCCCAUGGGACUACUAGUGGAUGAGUUGACAAAAAGGAAUAUUUCUGCUCCUGAACCCAGAAUUACUAGGCAGUCUGGAAGCAGCACAGUGUUGCCACUGUAUUUUGUUGGUUUAUACUGUGAAAAGAAACUGAUUGCAGAAGGACCUGGUGAAACAGUACUGGUUGCAGAAGAAGAAGCUGCUCGGGUAGCCCUAAGGAAACUUUAUGGCUUGGCUGAGAAUAGGCGGCCUUGGGACUAUUCCAAACCCAAUGAAAAAUUAGCGGAAAAAGUUAUUGUCUCGAAUUAAUUGUCCAAAAGCAUGUUAGCACUUGAAUUCACCAAAGGAGCAGAAAAAUGAGACGCAAACUUCAGCGUGACUUGGAAAAUAUGACAGUUCCCAGAUUGUUCAGAGACAUCUUCCUCUGUCAGGGGCUUGUCAGAUUACCAGAGAGUCAGUUACUGUUCAAAAAUGGUUACUGUGAAAUCCUUUCAAGUUUAAGUCAUAUUUGUUGGCCUCUUUAGAAGAAGUUGCUCUUAAAGUUCUGGAUUUAUCACUGUGUGAUUUGUAGAAUGGUAUGCUUUUUCAUUUAAUUAUUUAUUCCCUUCUAGCUUUGAAGUGUUAUGGCCUAAAGAAAUAUUUUUUAGUUCAAGUCCCAAUAAUACCAAUUUUUAAAAAAAUUUUUCGAAUACAACUAAUCUUUAUUUUCCAAAAUGUUACUUGCCAAUUUAAUUUAAAGCAUGUUGUUAACAGGUCGACUGAUUUGGCCUACUUAAUAAAACAAAACAGUAUGGUAUAACUUUUAACAUCACCGGAAAGGCAAAAGCCAAAUUGUGACAGUUAUACAGUAAGGGUGAAUGGCUUAAAAUUUUGUGAGCUAAUCAGGCAGUAAACUAGAAUUCUAAAGUAGUAAAUAAAGGAGAAUGUUCAAGGCUAUUUUUUAAAAUCGCCCUAAGAACAUAAACUUUAAGACCACUUUGAAGAUUGUAAAUAAUUGUUAAUUCAAUGAAUUUAGAAUUAGGAGGAUAAUGUAUUACUAUAAAUACAAACAUUUUUGUUUCUAUAAUGUCUGGAGGAGAAAGCUUUCCCUUCAAUAUUGUCAUUUUAUGUUUUUUAUUCGAAACAUCCAUCUUGCUGUUUGGGAAAAAACUAUUUCUGUAUAUGUCCUUACU